AUGACUGCGCUACGAAGUGUGCCGACCCACAAGCGUACCCUUGCGGGAGGAAUAUCACGCAGACCCAAUCUGGCCUCUGACUAUGGGACUCUCCUUGGCAAACUUUCCAAACAUUACAUGCCCUGGAGGAUGCGCAAAUACAGCAUGACUAAUGACCUGAUCGUCCCAGACCAUCUGGCCAACGAGGAACCCCAAAAUCCUUAUCAGAAGCGUAGAGAACAAGUCCGCCGUGCCCAGAAGACUCAUCGCGAACGCAAAGAAGCCUAUAUCAAGUCGCUGGAGACCGAAGUCGUACAGCUGCGCGCCAAUGAAGCAAGGCUCUUCCGAGAAACGAAGACGCUAUAUGCUGAAAUUAAUGCAAUGAAAGCCUUGCUAGCCAACAACGGCAUUCCAAUCCCAUCUACGACCCCACUACCACUACCAUCGCCAGAUCAGACGACGACCGAGGUUGGAUCGGGAAUAGAUGAGUUCUUCGAGUUCAGCAUUCCAGCGAAGGCGCCGAAGCAGCAACAUGAACGCAUCCAAGUUAGGGAUCAAGAUCGACGUAGAGGCAAUCAAAGUGGAGGAACACUUACCGCUCAAGCAAAACUCACAUCAACCUUCGACACCAUACUAUCUGCCUCAACUACGACUCUCGUCAGCCAGCAAAACCCCACAGCCAUCGGCAUGGACUUCAUCCUCAGGUACCACCCCCCUCUCCCUCCGGCCUGGGAACUCCGCCACUAA